UCAUGAUUUACGAUCAACCUGAACACUUUGGACUUUUUGAAAAAACAGUCACUGCUAAAGAGAAAGAAGAAGUGAAAUAAUUCUUGAAAUAUGAUAGACAUGUUCCUUUAAAAUUGACAGAAUAAGUUUUCCAUGCUGAAGCGUAUUUAUUUUAUUCUCAACAAUAGAGAUGCAUCAAGAUUCGAAAGAUUAGGUUAAGUUGGAGGAGCAGUCUAUUCAUUCUCAUUCUUUUUCUUCCCAAUUAUUAAAGGUUUACCCAUUAAAUAAAGACUCUUUUGGGCAGCAGUACCAGGUGGCAUUGUUGCAUGGUUAGGAUGGAGAAUUAAAGAAGAAUUAGAAUGGAAUAGAGUUUAUAAUUGCUAUUAGAAAUAUUAAGUAGCUCAUUCCAUGCACAAGAAAGUGUUCAUUUGAA